CUCCGAUUCCCGAUGGCUGCGGGGAGCUGAGAGGGGACCAAGCGCGCGAGGAGGAGCCGAGAGUCAGGGCCCCCCCGCGAGCCGCCGCCUCCCUGGGAUCGGCCAGACGCAGCGCGGGCGGCUCCCCAGCCCGGUGGGGACGCAGCUGGAGUGGGCAGGGGCCGCGGGCGGCGGACACAGCGGCCCCGUUAAUGAGUAGCGGCCGGAGAGGCAGAUUUCUGAUUGUCUUGGAGGUGGCAGUGAAGCCCACCUUUAGCACAGGAAGAUGAGUGAACUUGACCAGUUACGCCAGGAGGCUGAGCAACUGAAAAAUCAAAUCAGAGAUGCCAGGAAAGCAUGUGCAGAUGCCACUCUGGCCCAGAUCACAGCCAACAUUGAUCCAGUGGGUCGAAUUCAGAUGCGUACUAGAAGAACAUUGAGGGGGCACUUGGCUAAAAUUUAUGCAAUGCACUGGGGGACUGAUUCCAGGCUUCUAGUUAGUGCCUCCCAGGAUGGCAAACUUAUCAUCUGGGAUAGCUACACCACAAACAAGGUCCAUGCCAUUCCCCUGCGUUCAUCUUGGGUGAUGACCUGUGCAUAUGCCCCCUCUGGAAACUAUGUGGCCUGCGGUGGUCUUGAUAACAUCUGUUCCAUUUACAACCUGAAAACUCGUGAAGGGAAUGUACGUGUCAGCCGUGAGCUGGCUGGUCAUACAGGUUACUUGUCGUGCUGCCGUUUCCUGGAUGAUAAUCAAAUUGUUACGAGCUCUGGAGACACCACUUGCGCCCUUUGGGAUAUUGAAACUGGCCAGCAGACGACCACAUUUACUGGACACACCGGGGAUGUCAUGAGUUUGUCCCUGGCUCCUGAUGCCAGGUGUUUUGUUUCUGGUGCCUGUGAUGCCUCUGCCAAACUGUGGGACGUUAGAGAAGGAAUGUGUCGGCAAACAUUCACUGGCCACGAGUCAGACAUCAAUGCCAUCUGUUUCUUCCCAAAUGGCAAUGCAUUUGCCACAGGCUCAGAUGAUGCCACAUGCAGGCUCUUUGAUCUUCGUGCUGACCAGGAGCUUAUGGUCUAUUCACAUGACAACAUUAUCUGCGGCAUCACCUCUGUAGCAUUCUCCAAAAGUGGACGUCUCCUCUUAGCUGGUUAUGAUGACUUUAACUGCAAUGUCUGGGACACGCUGAAAGCUGAUAGAGCAGGUGUCCUUGCUGGCCACGAUAACCGUGUCAGUUGCUUAGGUGUGACUGACGAUGGUAUGGCAGUAGCAACAGGGUCAUGGGAUAGCUUCCUCAAGAUCUGGAACUGAAGUCUGUAGAUAAGCGACGGACUCCACCGUGACUGGAAGACAUUUCCAGCGGUUGAAAACUAAAAUGAUAGCAUAUCCAAUCCAACCAUACUAACUUGGACCCCCAUUCUCCUCAAAACUUCGAAGGGCAAGAUCUUUUACCGUCUCCUAUUGCUGAAAUGAAGAGCACAAUUACUUUUCAAAGAAGAAUUUCUGUAGUUGUAAGCAAAUGAAAUUGUGCAUUCCUUUAGGGACCACUUUUUGUCUUGAGAAUUUAAAAAAGAAACACUAUCAUAAAAGCAUGACCAGAAAGUAAACUUGAGCAUAAUUGUGAAACAAACUUAACUUCACUGUAGUUUUCAAAUUAAAGUUGAGAACUUUGUUUUAUCUCUCACCGUUUCAGAUUUUCAAGUCACAUUUGUAGAAGGAUUUAAUUUUUUUUCACAUUUCCUUUUUGAAUACAUUUCUUUACGGUCAAUAACUGAGUAAAACAAAGGAGUCCUAGCCCAGUGCGUCUGGGGUUGUUAAUGCUGUAAAUUUAGUCCCUACUUUUUUUUUAUUUCUGUCUAGUAUCACAAAUAAUUGUUGCACAGAACAUGGCAUCUAUUGAAUAAUGUUAAGAAGUAAGGUAACCAAGCACAUGCUGUACAUGGUAUUGAAUGCUUGUUUAAAAAAUGUUUCACCUUUUAUGGGUAACAAAUGCAAAUGCUCAGUUCCUACCCACCCACCGACCUCCAAACCCACUGAUUAAAAAUUUUUUUUUCUUUGUCCCCACUUGGAAGGGCAGUUUAUAUACCCUAACACUACCCCAUAGUCUCAACAACCAGGAAUCUCUGUUUUUCAAAAGAGACCUGUCCUGCGCUUGGGUAUUAAGUCAAUUAAUUCUGUGUAUGAAAUGAUGUACAAAUCAAUGUUUUGAAAAUAAUGAUCUUAAACUUUCUAAGUUAAACAAAAAAUUUUUUGAUUGUUUGCCAUAUUGGGUGGGUUUACUCUUAGAAUCGCAUGCUGUAGAAAUGCUAAAAAGUGCAUAUUGAACUAAGUCCUUUGAUGUUUUUUUCUUUAAAGAAAUAACCUGUUUAAAACCUGUAACCAUUGCCGCUGUAUUCAUUUAUUGUUGCUACUCUGUGCAUAAAUCUAUGAAGACUUCAAGUACAAAGCUAUGCACGUUUUGGAGUAGCGUGAGAAGUCACCUUUUUCUUUUUCUUUUUGUUUUUUUGUUUUUAAAGAAACAGCCUGUUCAAACGAUCGCUGUCAAAGAUUCUGGGGGUGGGGGAACCCAGACCAUCUUAUUUAUAAAUUAAUUCUUCACAGCCAGCUCCUCUUGUAAAAUGAGUUCUUUGCAUCUGAUUAGAAUCAUUUUUGUAAUGAACAGGUUUUCCUGGCUUUCUUUUCAAAUAAAAUGUUAAAAGCAGCAGCGUUUGGACAGCAAAUUGUUCUCUUAAAUUCUCCUAUCUUCACUGUAUCCAGAAAUGCGCCUCCCUAGCAGCAGUAGUGGCUUUCUCCAUUCUGUUUUUCUGCAACAUUCUGUACAAAAAUGUGCUGUAAUUGUGCGUUAGGCCUGGAUUUGGCAUAAAAAAGAUGAAUUCCCUCUCUUUCAUGAAACUACUCUGUAGAGCUUUCUCCGCACCCUGUAUCCCUCUUCUUCACCUUUUUGUAUUUAAUUUUAAAGUCAGUGUACUUCAAGAAAGCUGGAUGCAAGAUAGAUACUAUAUUAAAAUGUACUGUUAUUUAAGAUGUAAUAAAGCAGUUUGACAUGA